UUUCAAAACAAUUGCGGGGCGGUGAGGCGGCUGAACUGAAAUCGAAAGUAACUUUUUUUGUUGGUCCAGGCUCCAUUUUGAGACAUCGUAGCAUACAACAAUAUCGCUCCAUUUUGAGACAUCGCAGCAAAAAACACAAGGGAAGAUACAACAAUAACCUGUGUUUUCCCAAAUAUCUCUGUCUUAAACAGCAUAUUUAUACUUGACUGGACCUUCAACACAUCCCCUCCACUAUCUGGCUGUCUUCCAAUCAUGUUUAAGCGGCGAGAAGAUGAGGUCUAAGCCUCUAAAAUGAGUCUCUCUGAGGAGGGAGAGAAGGGCACUGCCUCUUAAAUGAGUCUGUCUUUGGAGAUAAAGAAGAGAAACCCUGACAGCAGCGCCAAGAUGCCAAAUAGGCGGAAGAGACCAGUCUCCCCUGUACCCAGCUGUGUGUCCAUGAAGAGUGACAGGUCUAUGAAUCCUCCUUUAAAGUUCAGGGAGGAAGACUUUUCUACUGAACAAAGGCCAAAUAAGCGGAAGAGACCAGUCUCCCCUGUACCCAGCUGUGUGUCCAUGAAGAGUGACAGGUCUAUGAAUCCUCCUUUAAAGUUCAGGGAGGAAGACUUUUCUACUGAACAAAGAGACCAACAGGAGAGAUCAGAGUCUGAGAUUCUCAGUGGUCAAUCUGUCCAGAGUCAUCAAACAGACCUGUCCUCCAGAUACAGUUCGGAUGAGAAGGAGAGCAGUGCCAAAGACAGGAAGAACAUGAACCAGAAGGAGCUUGCUGACACACUGGAGAGAAUUCAAACUCUUCUGAUGCUCCAACAUGAAAUAAAGACUAAACUGAAAAAGAAGUAUCAAAUGCUGUGUGAAGGAUUUGGACAACAUGAAAACCAAACUCUAUUAAAGGACAUCUACACAGAGCUCUACAUCACAGAGGGUGGAAGUAAAGGAGUUAAUGAAGAACAUGAAGUCAGACAGAUUGAGAUGGCAUCCAAGAGGCAAACCACACCAGAGACACAAAUCAAAUGCAAUGACAUAUUCAAGCCAAUUAAACAACAUCACAAUAAAGGUGUGAGGAGAAACUUGACUAAAGGAAUCGCUGGCAUUGGAAAAACAGUCUCUGUGCAGAAGGUCAUCCUUGACUGGGCAGAGGGAAAAGCAAAUCAGGAUGUUCAUUUAAUAUUUCCUCUUCCUUUCCGUGACCUGAACCUGAAAAAGGACCAAUAUAGUCUGAUGCAACUUAUUUCCCACUACUUUCCAGAAAUGAAAGAAAUGAACAGAAUUGAAGAUGGUUUAACCAAAAUCAUUUUCAUUUUUGAUGGUCUGGAUGAGUGUCGACUUCCUCUAGACUUUAAAAACAAUAAGAAGUGCUGUGAUGUCACAGAACCAACCUCAGUGGACGUGUUGCUGACAAACCUUAUCGAGGGGAAUUUGCUUCCCUCUGCUCUCCUCUGGAUAACCACACGACCUGCAGCAGCCAAUCGGAUCCCUCCUGAGUGUGUUGACCAAGUCACAGAGAUACGAGGGUUCAAUGAGCCACAGAAAGAGGAGUACUUCAGGAAGAAAAUUACAGACCAGAAUCUGGCCAAUGAAAUCAUCAAGCACAUAAAAACAUCCAGAAGCCUCCACAUCAUGUGUCACAUACCAGUCUUCUGUUGGAUAUCAGCCACUGUCCUUGAGUCGAUGCUGAAAAAAACAAAUAAGGAUGAAAUCCCCAAAACUCUGACUCAGAUGUACGAACACUUCCUGCUCAUCCAAACCAGUACGAAAAACAAAAAGUACAACAAAUCCACAGAAACAAAUCCAAAGGAACUGUCUCAGUCAGACAAAGACAUGAUCCUGAAGUUGUCAAAGCUGGCUUUCCAACAGCUUCAGAAGGGCAACCUGAUCUUCUAUGAGGAGGAACUGAGAGAGUGUGGCAUUGAUGUCUCAGAGGCAUCAGAGUACUCAGCACUGUGUACAGAGAUCUUUAAAGAAGAAUCUGGGCUUUAUCAAGAGAAGGUCUUUAGCUUUGUUCAUCUGAGUAUUCAGGAGUUCCUAGCAGCAGUACAUGUUCUAGAAUCUUGUUUGGGCAAGGAGGAACAUGUGUUUUCCCCCACUCAGAACCUACAUUGGUUUGAAUAUGAGAAAAUGUUUACAUCAGACAGGUUAUCUGACUUACACAAUAGAGCAGUAGAACAGGCCUUGAAGAGUAAGAAUGGACACCUGGACCUGUUCCUCCGCUUCCUUCUGGGUCUCUCACUGAAGUCCAAUCAGAAUCUCUUACAAGGGAUUCUGACACAGACAGGAAGUACAACACAGAGUAAUGAGGAAACCGUUAAGAGAACCGUUAAGUACCUUUCAGAUAUAAUCAAGGAAGAAUCCUCACCAGAAAGGAUCAUCAACUUGUUCCACUGUCUGAAUGAACUUGGUGCCAACUCUCUAGUUGAAGACAUACAGACCUCCCUACGAUCAGGGACUCUUUCAGAAACAAAGCUUGAACCUCACCAAUGUUCAGCUCUGGCCUACCUGUUACUGAUGUCAGAGGAGGUACUGGAGGAGUUCGACAUAAAGGCAUACAAGACAUCAGAUGAAGGUUAUCGGAGGUUGCUGCCGGUAGUGAAAACCUGUAAGAGAGCAAUGUAA